UUCAUCCGACGUUGCUCCGAGAGUCACAGAUAUGAAGAAAAGUGUCCUGUUGUUUUCGAUCGUUUCUUUGGCGAUGGCCCUGGUCGGUGCGAAACCAGUUCCAGAAUCCAAGCAGAACGAUUUGGAGUACCUCGCGCCCCAGGAAAGCCGAUAUCCUCCGUACGCGUUUUGGUUCGGCAGGCCUUAUUACGAGCUGAACGACGACGACGGCGAUUACACCUACUUCAAUCGAAAGUCGAAACGACCGACGUCUACCGUAUCCUACGCCAAUGUUGGGGCUGGAUGGGGUCGCUGAGAAUCUCUCGUAAAGCGAACGAAUUUUUAAUCAGAAAAUCAUUAUUCGCAGUUCUAUCACGAUGUCAUG